AUGUCCUGGCAGCAGCUGCAGCUGCUGCGUGAAACUAAACAAUUUAAACUGAGAGCCACCAUGACCAGGGCCUUAGAAGAGGCUCUUCUUCAGCACUUCAUACAUCAGAAGCUGGAGAUCGCUUAUGCCAUCAACAAGCCAUUUCCCUUCUUUGAAGGCCUCCGAGACAACUUCUUCAUCACCGAGAGACUGUACAGGGAAUCUAUGGAAGCCUGGGAAAAUCUGGUCCCUUUAUCCAGAGUCGUGUACAACAUUCUUACCCAACAGGAGAAGACAUUUAGUCUGUCAUUUUUGAAGAUACUGUUCAGCCAAAUUAACCUGAAGGAAUAUCCCAACCUGAUAACGACUCUCAAUAGCUUCACAAGAGUUGUCACUUCCCAUGGAGGCUGGAGCAGAAUCACAACCAUCCCUCUCGAAGCCCCAGCCAACCCAGCAGGAAGGAGCUCCUCGAGGACCCUGCCCCUGCCGCAUCUUCCCUGCCGACUCCCCCUACGGAGCCUCCCGCCCUAUGUACCCAGUGUCAGCGAGCCCGGAGCACCGGCCCAGCACAGCUCUGAGGUCCUGUGUGAGCUGCCCAGCCCUACCGACCCCACCGUGGCUCUCCGGGGAGCCAUCCAGGAAGGAAGACUCAGUCCAGUGUCCAGUGACAACCUGAUCCCUCGUAUAAAAGAUAAAGAAGACACUCAAGAGAUGCCCUGCACUUCCUCAGACCCUGUGCCAGUGAGAAGAGAUGAUAUCCCUGAACCAAGUGACUCAAAGGAGCUCCAGGAAGCAUCCAGGACACUUCCCAGCAAGAAAGGAAAGAAAAGAAAAAGAUGUAUCUGGGCCACCCCAAAGAAGAGACAGCACAAAAAAAGCCACCGAGGAAGGGCAGCCUUACCUGGGCAUGGAAUCCAAAAGACACUCCAACAGCAAGAUCAGGUGACUCAUACAGAGGAUGACUCAACCAGGAAUACAAAGAUCGUGACAAGGGCACAAAAGAGGACAGAAUGUGCCCAGAUGCCUAAAUCAGAGGAGAUCAGUGAUAAUACUUCAGAAAUGGAUAAAGGGAAGAGGCCCCGGGAGCCACCCAGCACACCACCAAGAAUCAUCCACGACAAAGAUUCCAUGGAUGAUGACAGUAAACUGCCUUUGGGAAAAUCUCCUGGGGAAAAGCAAAGGAAGAGAAAAAUACAUAACUGGUCAAGUUCAAAAAAAAGAUGGAAGAAAUGUCCCUCAAGAGGAGAAGCCUCAUCAGGGCUCAGAAUCGAAGAGAAGCUCCAAGGGAUGAAUCAGGUGACUCAAAAGAAGGAUGACUCAACCGGAAAUUCAAAGGUCAUGACAAGAGCCCAAAAGGCACAGGCUGAAGGUGCCCAAAUGCCUGCACCUAAGGAUAAAGCUGGUGGUGGCACUGGUCACCUGAAUGCUCAGCGUGGGAGCAUCUCUCGUGGAGCCUGCACAGAAAAACCUGAAGAUGAAACUCUGGAUUUUCACUCUCCUGAACUCCCUGUGACCUGUGGGGAGGCAAAGGGGAUUUUAUAUACGGAGAAAAUGAAGCAAGGAUCCUUAGAGAAGUGUAUUCAAAAUGAGAAGGGAGUUUGGUUCACACCAAGAGAAUUUGAAAUUGAAGGAAAGCGGAAACAUCUUAAGAACUGGAAGCGGAGCGUGUUUUGUGGAGGAAAGAGCCUAGAAAAGCUGCUGCAGGAAGGAAUUUUGCUCUGUCCUUCAAAAAAACAUCUCAAGAGAGAGCAGGAACACUCCAAGGAAUGUGAGGUGUGCUGUAAAGGGGGCUCGCUGCUCCGCUGUGACACUUGCCUGCGAGCCUUUCACGAGCACUGUCACAUCCCACCCGCGGAGGCUGAGAGGAGCCCGUGGAGUUGCACCUUCUGCAGGAUGAAGGAGUCUUCAGGAAACCAGCAGCGUCUCCAGAAAUCUGAAGUUUGGGCAAGGUCCAUGCAGCCGGGGGAGCAGCUGAAAUGUGAGUUUCUCCUCUUGAAAGCCUACUGUCAUCCACAAAGCUCUUUCUUUGCGGAGACCCCACUUAAUAUUCGAGAUUAUGGUGAGCCCUUUAGGGAAGCCAUGUGGUUGGACCUGGUUAAAGAAAGGCUGACUGAGAAAGUGUACACAAUGGCUUGGUUUUUACGGGACAUGCGUCUGAUAUUUCACAACCACAAAACAUUUUACAAGGCUUCCGACUUUGGUCAGGUAGGACUGGAUUUAGAGGCAGAAUUUGAAAAGAACCUCAAAGAAGUGUUUAUUUUUCAUGAAGCCAGUGAGAACAGCUUCCAGGCUCAUCCUUGA